AUCUUAUAACAUUCUGUGAAAAGCUCUAUCUUUACCUACGAAGUGUAUAAAAGAAAUUUUACAGACUCUCUAAUGUUCUCUCGCAUAAAUUUCUAGACUUGUUUUCUUAAUUAUGAUCAUUUUUAGCCUUUAAAAUACUUUUUCUUGUUAUAACUAAAAAAUAACGUUUCGUUACUCGUUAUGUGAACUAGUAGUGAGGAUUGGAUCCGGAUCUCGAACACGUAUUGAAUCUUGUCGACGAGCAAUGUCAUUGAUAGCCGUCUCUCCGAGGAGUGCACUCGUAUCUGUGUAUAGACUCAACAGAGAGCUCAAAAACUAGAGAAUGUAGUGUCCUGCUUGCUGGCGGAGAUUCAAGCUCAGGCUUUUGCGGCGGCCAACCGAGCCGAAACAGGUGGAAGAUCUCCGGCGCGAUACUCUGAAGAGUACCACGAAGAGCUAUCGCGUGACUAUCGAUGAUGGUGGAAGGCACGUUGCCAGAACGCGGUUGGUUGGCCCGGCGCGCAUCUUCGCUCGGAUCGUGCUCUGCUGCGUGCCGGUCAUCACUUCGUUAAGCUCGAUACUUUUUAAAGAGAUCGAGCUAGAGAAAGAGAGAACCUUGAGGAAUGCUAAAUGUGAAAUGACGAUUUUUAGGAUCGUUCUCGAGCUUAAGCCGUCGACGCCGAUGUCAUCAUCAUCAUCGUCGUUGUCGUCGUCGUCGUCGUCGUCGUCGUCGUCGUCGUCGCCGUCGUCGUCGUCGUCGUCGUCGUCGCGAUGUUGGAGGGGCAAAUGUUAUUUGGCUAGUUAGUUACAUCUCUCCGAUGCAAUUUUAUAACGAAUGCAGCGAGACGCGUUGGGACUCGACAAGAAUCUGUUUCGAUAUUUGCAUUUUGAAGAGCAAGAGGAGACGAUAAAAGAUCUUUGCAUAAACCGAAUUUGUUUUCCCGCAAGAAGAAUUAUUGUUGAGAAGAUUAAAUAUACACGCAGCUGUGUGAGACGAGUAGAAAAAUAAAUAAAUUCGUAGAUAAAUAAAUGAGGCAAGUAGACGGAAGUAGAAGGAAAUAGAAAGGAUAGUAAGGAAGACAUAGUAAGUAUAGAUCUUGGAUUUAAAAACUAAGAUCUGAUUAAAGGAACGUUAGAAGCCGAGAACUUGAAUUAAAUCUAGAAAUUAGCAAUGUGAUCGUUCUUUGAAAGAAAUCUAGGCCAGUAGUCGUUACUAUUCGAUCGUGCGACGAGUUUGAAGAAGCAUGAAUCAAACAAAUGUCAGUUCGAACUGAUUUAAGAAGAUCCGUGGCAAGAAGCAGCGUAUUCCGCGCUGUGUGGAGGAAACACAAAGAGGAGAAAAAAGUCUUUAAGUUUAAAAGAUUUAUUGGAUCUCUAUGUAAAAGAAAUCUUUCGAGAGUUGCCAAUCGGAAAUAUAAAAAGAUCAUUUCAAGUUCAUUGCAAGAAUGAUAACUGAAGUAAUCAUCGAGAUAGCUACGAAUGUUUGAGUGACGAGCGGCGCCACAAAUUUCAGUUUGUAAAUAUUCGAAUUGGCAAAAAGAAGAAACGCUUUACACGAUUCAAGGAUCUUAUCCAUCGUCAAAGCAAUCUACCGUAAGUGAUUGAUGACGGAUCGGAUCAUCGAUGUUGGACUUGUUACAUAUAUAGAUCUAGAUCGCCAAGGUUUGUACAGAGAAAUCGAUUUGACGUGUCAAGAGUAGAGUUGCCGACGCUUCGGGUACGGUCAACGCUGGCUCUCCCGCUACCCUGAAGGAAGAUUCCACCUUCAAGUAUGGCCUCGGUGGCAGCGUGGCUGCCAUUCGCCCGUGCGGCGGCGAUCGGUUGGGUACCGAUCGCCACACACCCACUGCCACCGCCGCCGAUCCCGAAAGACCGGCGCAAGGCCGACGACGAGAAGCUGCUGAUCAACGUGAGCGGCCGUCGCUUCGAGACGUGGCGCAACACCCUGGAGAAAUAUCCGGACACGCUACUCGGUUCGAACGAGCGCGAAUUCUUCUACGACGAGGAGAGCAAGGAGUACUUUUUCGACCGGGAUCCAGACAUCUUCCGGCACAUUCUCAAUUAUUAUAGAACCGGCAAGCUACAUUAUCCGAAGCACGAGUGCCUGACGAGCUACGAUGAGGAACUUGCAUUCUUCGGUAUCUUGCCGGAUGUGAUUGGCGAUUGUUGUUAUGAGGACUAUAGGGACCGCAAACGCGAGAACGCCGAACGGCUGAUGGACGAUAAGUUGAGCGAGAAUGGUGACCAAACCCUCCAGCAGCUGCUCGACAUUCGGCAGAAGAUGUGGCGAGCCUUCCAGAAUCCGCACACUUCCACCGCUGCAUUGGUAUUCUACUAUGUCACCGGAUUCUUUAUCGCCGUUAGCGUGCUUGCGAACGUGGUGGAGACUGUGCCGUGUGGCAAUCGACCGGGCCGUGCCGGCACUCUUUCGUGCGGCGAGCGUUACAAGAUCGUAUUCUUCUGCCUGGACACUGCGUGUGUAAUGAUUUUCACAGCCGAAUACCUGCUCAGGCUGUUCGCCGCGCCCAGCCGAUGCAAAUUCGCGCGCUCCGUGAUGUCGGUAAUUGAUGUGGUCGCGAUACUGCCGUAUUACAUCGGACUCGGGAUCACCGACAACGACGACGUGUCGGGCGCGUUCGUGACGCUACGCGUGUUUCGCGUGUUCCGUAUCUUCAAAUUUUCACGCCACUCGCAGGGAUUACGUAUUCUGGGCUACACUCUAAAGUCCUGCGCUUCCGAGUUGGGUUUUCUCGUGUUCUCGCUCGCGAUGGCCAUCAUUAUCUUCGCCACCGUCAUGUUCUACGCGGAAAAGAACGUCGACGGUACCAACUUUACCUCGAUACCUUCCGCCUUCUGGUACACCAUCGUAACGAUGACUACGCUGGGCUACGGUGACAUGGUUCCGAAAACGAUUGCGGGAAAAAUCGUCGGGGGUGUAUGCUCUUUGAGCGGUGUCCUAGUGAUCGCUUUACCGGUACCUGUUAUCGUCAGUAAUUUCAGCAGAAUAUAUCAUCAAAAUCAACGUGCUGAUAAACGGAAGGCACAAAGGAAAGCUAGAUUGGCACGUAUCAGAAUCGCGAAGGCGUCGAGCGGUGCCGCUUUCGUAAGCAAAAAGAAGGCAGCGGAGGCUCGUUUGGCCGCUCAGGAGAGCGGGCUGCAGUUGGAGGAGUUUUACAAAGAGGAGGAUAUCUUCGAGCUGCAACAUCAUCACCUACUUCGUUGCUUGGAGAAGACCACGGACCGCGAAUUCGUGGAGAUGGAAGUGCCGUACAACGGCGCUCCGAAGAGACCGGGCUCGCCAUCGCCCCUGACCUCCCCCGCGCACAGCACUGCCUCCAGGGGCGGCCUGCUGCAGUCCUGCUGCGGGCGCUGCUACCCCCAACGUUACCAGCAGGCGUACAGUCAGUACAUCCCGGCUACAAGGGCCCAAGUAUCCGAGGCCCAGGGUGGGCAGACGGGGGUCGCCAUGGAUGGCACUUACCUCGUCGAGGCCUCGUUUUGAAAAAUCCCCUCGCGCACUGUAAACGACACUAAAUCCGAACCGGACCGAACAGAGAAAAAAAAUAGCGAAUAAACAAGUAAUAAAUGAAAAUAUGACACUCUAUCGUGUCGCACAACGCAUGAGCGAUUACAGUCGAGAAAUGCAUUAGAGGAUGCAU